UGAUAUUCUGAAUUAUCCGGUAACUAUUGUCUGUGGACACACUUACUGUAUGGGCUGCAUUACGAGCUGCUGGGAUCGGGAAGAUCAGAAGGGAGUCUACAGCUGCCCCCAGUGCAGACAGACGUUCACCCCAAGACCUGCUUUAAACAAAAAUAAUAUUGUUGCUGAACUUGUGGAACAGAUCAAGAAGACCAGAAUCCAAGCUGCUGCUCCUGUUCCAUGUACUGCUGGACCUGGAGAUGUGGAGUGUGACGUCUGCACUGGGACAAAACUCAAAGCUGUGAAGUCCUGUCUGGAAUGUCUGGUUUCAUACUGUGAAACUCACUACAAAGUUCACAAUGACAUACACCCUGGGCGAAAACACAAGGUGGUUGAUGCCACAGGCCAGCUACAGGAGAGGAUCUGCACCCAACAUGAGAAGCCUCUGGAGAUAUUUUGUCGUACGGAUCUAAGUUGUGUUUGUUUGCUCUGUCUGGUGGAUGAACACAAAGGCCAUGACACUGUGUCAGCCUCUGCAGGGAGGAGAGAGAAACAGACACACUUGGGGAAGACCCAGAGUAAAAUCCAGCAGAGAAUCCAGGAGAGAGAGAAGGAGCUGCAGGACCUGAGGAAGGCUGUGGAGACUCUCAAGAGCUCUGCACAGACAGCAGUGGAGGACAGUGAGAGGAUCUUCACUGAGAUGAUC